UCAUCUAAGUAACAUGACAUUAUUGGAUAAUUUAUGAUCAUAUUAUGUAUUGAGGGAGUCAAAUGGAUUAAUUGUAGAGGAAUAUCUCCAUGAUCCUUAGAUUCUACAAACACAACGAGCUCCCCAUUAAUACCUGAACUUUCCUUUCUUUAAGUCCUUCAGCAUUCCAAUUCCAAAACCAAAAAACGUACGAUCUAUCGAUCGAGUAAUAUAACACAAAGGCGAUGAACGACUUAUUUUCGAGCUCGUUUAAGAGGUAUGCAAACCUCAAGGACCAAGCACACCAUGAUGAUUUGGAAGCAGGGAAUAAUCAGACUACACCAAACCUCGACAAGUUCUUCGAAGAGGUGGAUGUUAUCAAGAAAAUCAUGGCCGAGGUAGAAAAGCUCUACAAAAGGCUCCAAGAAUCGAAUGAACAAUGCAAGGUUGCGACAAAUGCAAAGGCAGUAAAAGAAACACGAGCAUUAAUGGAUACCGAUGUGGAGCAAGUUUUGAAGCGAGCCAAGGUCAUUAAAACCAAGCUUGAAUCUCUCAACAAGUCGAAUGUGGCUCAUAGGAGGCUCCCAGGGUGUGGCCCAGGGUCUUCUGCUGAUCGCACACGUACAUCAGUAGUCAGUGGUUUAGGCCAGAAGCUUAAGGACGUCAUGGAUGGGUUCCAAAAACUAAGAGGAAAAAUGUCGGAUGAGUAUAAAGAAACUGUCGAAAGAAGGUAUUUCACAGUAACAGGGGAAAAGGCAGAUGAGGAAACUAUUGAGAAAUUGAUCUCGAGUGGAGAAAGCGAAUUGUUUUUACAAAAGGCGAUACAAGAACAAGGGCGAGGUCAGAUUAUGGAUACGGUGAAGGAGAUACAAGAAAGGCAUGACGCGAUUAAGGAAAUUGAGAGGAAUUUGCUGGAGUUACAUCAAGUUUUUUUGGAUAUGGCUGCACUUGUGGAAGCUCAAGGACAGCAGCUUAAUGAUAUAGCCAGCAAUGUGAAUAGGGCUCGUUCGUUCGUGAGCUUAGGUGUUAGUGAGCUUGUAACUGCCAAGGAUCACCAGAAGAAUACUCGAAAAUGGACUUGUAUUGCCCUGAUUCUUGCAAUUGUUCUUGUUAUUGUAAUUGUGUUUCCCAUCUUGUAUACAACUCUUAUAGUGCCCCAUUAGUCGCAUUUUGUUUAUCAAGCUUGAGUAGGAGAUCAUUUUUGAGGUUUCUUUCAAAUAUUCAAGUGAAUCCUUUUUACUUGAGAGUAUUAGGAUGUGAUUCUUUUUUUCACUAGUUUUGUGAUGUAUCUUACAAUG